AUGAAUAUACCUUGUGCCAUCCUGGCCUCUUUGAACUUCAACUUCGUCAUCUUUCGGCUCCGUUCAAACAUCUGUCUUGAUAGUCAAGAGGAGGGGUGUGGGAAGCAGGAACAAGAACGGGACGAGGACGAGGACGAGGACGAGGACGAGGACGAGGACGAGGACGAGGACGAGGACGAGGACGAGGACGAGGACGAGGACGAGGACGAGGACGAGGACGAGGACGAGGACGAGGACGAGGACGAGGACGAGGACGAGGACGAGGACGAGGACGAGGGGAUCCUGUCGAACUCGUCACUCGUCACUCGUCUCGACACGAGCAAGUCACAAAGAGCUGCUUCAGAGGCCUCUUGA